AUGGGUGAUCAGGCCCCGCCCACACUGGUACAGCUGGCGGCUCAGAAACUGCUGGAGAACCAGGCUUUGGCCAUCUCUGCCCUGGAGGACCUGCCCUGCCACGUCUUCCCUCUGUUGUUCUUUGAGGCCUUCAAAAAGAAACACUCCAAGCUCCUGAAGGCCAUGGUGCAGGCCUGGCCCUUCCCCUGCCUCCCCCGGGGGGCGCUGAGUGAAGAUUUGGAGUUUGAUACCCUGGAAAUCGGCCUGGAUGGGCUCGACAUGCUGCUUGUUCAGAAGGAUUGGUCCAGGCCCUCUCCCUGCAGCUCCAGCACACUGAGCACCAUGUCCCUGCCCACACUGCGGCAGCUGGCCAUGCAGAGCCUGCUAGAGGACCAGGCCUUGGCCAUGUCUGCUCUGGACGUCCUUCCCUUGGAUCUCUUCUCCACGCUGUGCAGAGAGGUGGUUGCCAAGAGACGCAUGGAGGUGCUGAAGGCCAUGGUGCAGGCCUGGCCCUUUGCCUGCCUCCCCGUGGGGGCCCUGGUGGGCUCAGCUGACCUGGAGAUCUUACAGGUCACCCUGGAGGGCCUUGAUGUGCUGCUUGAGCAGGGAGUGGGGCCCAGAUGCAAACUGCAGGUGUUAGAUCUGCAGAAUAUGUCCCUGAACAUCUGGACCUCAGGGUACAUAGCAAUGUCUCAAGCCUGCUCAGCAGCAGCCCUGACUGACAAGCCAGCAGCCAAUCACUGUGCAGCCCUGAGGAAGGAGCCCUCCUUCAGGAUAUUCAUGGAUGUCACCAUCAGUGAUGGCCCCUGGGAUUGUGUGCUGGCCCACGUGCUCCAGUGGGCGGAGACGAGAAGAGACCAGGUUCAGCUGUGCUCUAAGAAGCUGCAGAUUGGGAUGAAAUAUUCUGCUUCCAGAUUCAAAAUUUCCUUCUUCAUCCAACUGCUGCAGCAGAGAAAUCUCCAGCAAAUUUAUAUGUAUCGAGUCUACUUCCUUUAUGGAAACCUGCACAAGGUCUUCAGGACCCUCAAGCCUCUGACCACUCUGUCUUUGAGUUCAAGACCACUGAAUGAAGCAGACCUGAAGUGUCUGUCCCUGUGUCCCUGUACCAGUCAGCUCAAGCACCUGCGUCUCAGGACCAUAUAUUUGGGUCAAUGGAGUCCUGGGCCCCUCCGAGCUCUGCUGGAGAGAGUGUCUGGCACCCUGGAGGCCCUGGCCAUAGAGCACUGUGGGAUCACUGAGGCCCAGCUCUCUGCCAUCCUGCCCGCCCUGAGCCAGUGCUCCCAGCUGAGCUUCUUCAGCAUCUAUGGGAACCGCAUGUCCUUGGCUGCCCUGCAGAACCUGCUGAGCCACACAGCCAAGCUGAGGCAGUUGCAGCGAGGGCUGUAUCCGGCCCCUGUGGAGAGCUAUGACCACGAAUGUUUGUUGUAUGGAUGUGAAGUCAACAAGGAGAACUUUGUCCAGGUUUGUGUGAGCUUGGUGCAGAUCCUGAGGGACUUACAGCCAGCCCAUAAGGUCCAGAUCUGCACUUACACAUGUGUUAGCUGUAAGAAGAACCAGUUCUAUAGCCUGGCACCCAGUGGCAACUGGGUAGUCACAGAAGAAUAUUCCUUUACAAGGAAGUCUAACUACUGUGGGGUUUGUCAAGUUCACUAG